AUGGGAAUGGCGGAUAUUGUCAGGACGCUACUAGAAAAGGGCGCAGACGUCAACAUGGCCCGCUCACAGAUCCAAAGAGUCACCCCUCUUAUGUUGGCAUUCGCUCACGAAGAAAACAAAGAGGUCGUGGAUAUCCUGAUGGAUCACGGAGCUGACGUCACGCUCAAAGACUCGCAGCGAUGCAGUGCCUUGAUCCAUGCAUUCGAGUUCUUCCAGCCAGAGCACGCUUGUUUCCUCAUCUCAAAAGGCCUUCCUGUCGACGAUCUGAGGUGGGACAAGUUUCUGGAGUGCACCAAGCUCAUCUUCCAGAAUCACCCUGAACUGGACCAGGAUUUUAUUAAAGAGAGCGUGCAGAUUGCACUAAGUGGUAGCUGUAGAUGUCAAUUGUUGACUGAUGAGUAUCUCAUUGCAAAUGACAUUGGCCUUGGUCUACGAAGCCGGGAAGAUUCAGAUGACCAGAUGACCGCUCGGUCAGCCCUCCAUAGCGCAGCUGAUAACGACGAUAUGCCUAUUGAGCUGUUGGCCUCGCUUCUACAGAAACGCAUCGGGGAUGUAAAUAUCAAAAGCUGGAAUGGUGAGACUCCUGCUUCGUUGGUGCUUGGCCAUUGCCCGAAAUACAGGUCCGAGAAGGUCACCCAUUUUCUCAAGAACGGAGCUGAUCCGUCUGUAUGUGGGAACGAAAAGGGUCGUGCCAUCUUGAAAGCCAUCCAGGACGGUGUUUUUGAUGAGGAAAUCAAGAAGAUAGUUGAUGGUAUAGAUGAGCGCAGCAAGGCUGAGGCCAAGCUAGGGAGGAGAAAAGAGAAAGGGAUGAUUACCUCGAGACCUAUCCAGCACAUUUUCGGCGUGCCAUUGAGCGAGAUCCUGGCUCUCAAGGGCAAGGACAUCGAUGCAACUGCCGAGUUGGAACGUCUAUAUGCCGGGCGUACGCCUGAAGAAAAAGAGGCUUCUUACGUAGAGCACCCGGAAGCCCGAACGCCAGAUAUGACCGCUUGGGAAGAAGAUGAAGACGAAGGAGAAAGUAGCCGAGCGGAGCCGAAGGGGAAUGGCGGCUGUAGGCCUGCGUUUCGUAUGGAAAUAGCCCAAGCCAAAAGCCCGAGCGACGUGACUUUCAGGUUUCCACGGUUUAAUCAGGACUCUAAUCGAGCCCCAGACUGCAAAGGGCGUCAUUGA